GACAAUUGACAAAUAUGCCUAAGAGAUCACCUCAGUUUCCCAUUUCACUCAAACUCAAGUAUGUAAAACUUGGCUACCAAUAUCUUGUUAACAACUUCUUGACAUGUCUAUUGGUGCCCACAAUGGCUUUUGUUCUUGUUCAAGUCAUUCAAUUAGGUCCUGAGAAAAUCUUCAAUCUUUGGAGUUCCCUUCAAUUUGAUUUCAUCAAAACACUCUAUUCAUCUUUCGCCUCUCUACCUUACGGUGGAGAUAAGGUCUGCGUACAUACUACCCUUCCCAAACCCCAACCCCACUUGUGGGAUUGUACUAGGAUAGUUGUUGUACUCUGUUCAUCUUUCCUUAUCAUCUUUCUGUCCAUAUUAUACUUCAUGUCAAGGCCUCGAGGCGUUUAUCUUAUCGAUUAUUCAUGUUACAAGCCGCAUGUCUCCUGUCGAGUUCCAUUUUCAACUUUCAUGGAACAUUCAAGACUUAUACUUAGUUCACAACCAAAGAGUGUUGAAUUCCAAAUGAGAAUUCUUGAGAGGUCUGGUUUAGGUGAAGAAACAUGUUUGCCACCAGCAAUUCAUUAUAUCCCACCUGCACCUAAUAUGGAAUCUGCAAGACAAGAAUCUGAAAUGGUGAUAUUUUCAGCCAUUGAUUCUCUCUUCAAGAAAACAGGAGUAAAGCCUAAAGAUAUUGAUAUUCUUAUUGUCAAUUGCAGUCUUUUUUCGCCAACGCCAUCUUUAUCAGCAAUGGUGAUUAAUAAGUACAAAAUGAGAGGUAAUAUUAAGAGCUUUAAUCUCUCAGGAAUGGGGUGUAGUGCAGGGCUAAUCUCCAUUGAUUUAGCUCGUGAUCUUCUCCAAGUUUAUCCAAAAUCGAACGCUGUUGUUGUUAGCACAGAAAUCAUAACACCAAAUUAUUAUAGAGGCAAAGAUAGAUCAAUGCUACUCCCUAAUUGUCUGUUCAGAAUGGGUGGUGCUGCCAUUCUUUUAUCAAACAAAUGGGCGGAUCAAUGGCGAGCCAAGUACAAGUUGCUACAUGUGGUGAGAACCCACAAAGGAGCAGACGACAAAUCUUACCGUUGUGUGGUUGAAAUCGAAGAUUCAGAAGGGAAAGAAGGAAUUUCUUUGUCAAAAGACCCUAUGACUAUAGCAGGGGAAGCCUUAAAAUCCAAUAUAACAACAAUUGGACCACUUGUUCUUCCUCCUUCAGAACAACUUCUCUUUCUCUUUUCACUCAUUGGCCGAAAAGUCUUUAACCUGAAACUUAAACCAUAUAUUCCAGACUUCAAACAAGCGUUUGAACACUUUUGCAUUCAUGCUGGUGGCAGAGCAGUGAUCGAUGAACUACAGAAGAACUUGCAGCUAUCUGCAGAACACGUUGAGGCAUCACGAAUGACACUGCACAGGUUCGGGAACACAUCUUCCUCAUCGUUGUGGUAUGAACUAAGUUAUAUUGAAGCCAAGGGAAGGAUGAAGAAAGGUGACAGAGUUUGGCAGAUUGCAUUUGGGAGUGGAUUCAAGUGUAACAGUGCUGUUUGGAAGUGUAACAAGACAAUUAAAACUCCAACUAAUGGACCUUGGUCUGAUUGUAUCCACAAAUACCCAGUUUACAUCCCUGAAGUAGUAAAGCUCUAGGAGAAAAACAUUGGUUUUAUGUUGCACUUGUACCCUUGGCAAAUGUUGUUUGUCUUGCCAUCGCAUACAAAGGGAAGUCACAGCUUUGAAUUUUGAGCUAAUCACUUAUCUAAAACAUCCCUAUAUAAUAACAUUUCACUAUAAAAGCCAAGUUUUUCUCGGAACAGAUGUUUAUGCUAUGAUAUAAUAUAUGUCCUCUAUAACAAUACUU